ACGGGACGCCGGCGAUGGGGGACAGGUGGCUCCGGGUGACCGUCCUUCCCGGCUGCGUGGGCUGCAGGACGGUGGCCGUUCAGGCGUCCUGGACCGUGCGCGACAUCAAGGAGCGCAUCUUGGCCGAGACAGGCUUCCCGGUGUCGGAGCAGCGGCUGUGGCUCGGCGACAGGGAGUUAUCUGACUGGAUCAAGAUUGGAGAUCUGAUUUUCAAAAAUUGUCAUCUUUUUGUAAACCUUCAAUCAAAAGGCUUAAAAGGGGGAGGGCGAUUUGGUCAAACAACCCCACCACUUGUCGAUUUUCUCAAGGACAUUUUAAGAAGAUACCCAGAAGGAGGACAGAUUCUUAAGGAAUUAAUUCAGAAUGCAGAAGAUGCAGGGGCCACAGAAGUUAAAUUUUUAUACGAUGAAACUCAGUACGGAACGGAGACGCUUUGGUCGAAAGACAUGGCACGCUAUCAGGGGCCGGCCCUCUACGUGUACAACAAUGCGGUCUUCACCCCCGAGGACUGGCACGGCAUUCAGGAGAUAGCAAGGAGCAGGAAGAAGGACGACCCCCUGAAGGUGGGAAGAUUCGGGAUCGGGUUUAACUCUGUCUACCAUAUAACAGAUGUUCCCUGUAUCUUUAGUGGUGACCAGAUUGGGAUGCUAGAUCCUCACCAAACGCUUUUUGGGCCCCAUGAAUCAGGCCAGUGUUGGAAUCUCAAAGAUGACAGCAAAGAAAUUAGUGAGCUUUCGGACCAGUUCGCGCCGUUUAUUGGCAUUUUUGGAAGCACCAAGGAAACGUUUGUGAAUGCCAAUUUCCCAGGAACAUUUUUCCGUUUCCCUCUUCGCCUCCAGCCUUCCCAGCUUAGCAGUAACCUGUACAAUAAGCAGAAGGUUCUCGAGCUGUUCGACUCAUUCAGGGCAGAUGCGGACACGGUGCUGCUCUUCCUGAAAAGCGUGCAGGAUGUCUCCUUACACGUCCGAGAGGCUGAUGGAACCGAGAAACUGGUGUUCAGAGUGACUGCCAGCGAGAAUGAGGCCCUGAGACACGAGCGGCCCAAUUCUGUAAAGAUCCUGGAGGCUGCUAUAAGCAACUAUUGUAAGAAGGUCCCAAGCAAUAGCAUAACCUGUGUCACAUAUCAGAUAAAUAUAGUUUUAGAAGAUGAGGAGAGUAAGGACGCCCAGAAAACUUCUUGGCUGGUGUGUAACAGCGUGGGUGGGCGUGGGAUUAGCGGGAAGCUGGAUUCUUUAGCCGAUGAGUUGAAAUUUGUCCCGAUCAUUGGAAUAGCCAUGUGUUUAUCGAGAGACUAUGACGAAAAGGGGGCAACAGCUGACUUCUCAGGAAAAGCCUUUUGUUUCCUUCCUUUGCCGCCGGGUGAGGAGAGCAAAACGGGCCUCCCGGUUCACAUCAGCGGGUUCUUCGGCCUGACCGACAACCGCAGAAGCAUCAAGUGGCGGGAGCUGGACCAGUGGCGAGACCCAGCGGCCUUGUGGAAUGAGUUCCUUGUCGUGAAUGUCGUGCCCAGGGCCUACGCGACCCUCCUCUUAGAUUGCAUAAAACGCCUGGAGACAGAAAGUAGCGCAGAUUUCCCCCUGUCGGUGGAGCUCAUCUACAGGCUGUGGCCGGACGCGAGCAAAGUCAAGGUGCACUGGAAGCCGGUGCUGGAGCCAUUGUUCCACGAGCUGUUCCAGAAUGCCGUGUUGUACUCCGCGAGCAGCCAGUGGGUGCGGCUGGAGCAGGCGUAUUUCUCCGAGCUGGACGAGCGCUCCGAGUGCACGGCCACUGUGCUCAGCUACCUCCGGAGCUCAGGGAAGCACGUGGUCACCGUGCCAGCGCACGUGGCCGCUGCUGUCCAGCUGGCUGCCAAGCCAGCCCGCAAGGUGACACCCGCCUGGGUGCGGCAGGUGCUGCGGAAGGCGGCGCCCGGGGGCGGGGCCCCAGAGAAGCUCCACCUCCUGGAGUUCGUGCUCUCCGACCACGCCUACAGCGAGCUGCUAGGCUUAGAGCUGCUCCCAGUGCAGAGCGGGGCUUUUGUGCCCUUCUCCUCAUCCGUGUCAGAUCAGGAUGUUAUCUACAUUACCUCAGAGGACUAUCCCAGGUCCCUUUUCCCAGGUCUUGAAGGAAGGUUCAUUUUGGAUAGCUUGAGGCCUCAUCUUAUGGCUGCUUUAAAGGAAGCUGCCCAAACCCGAGCACAACAACUUCUCUGGGGAUAUUCAGGAAGACCAUGUACCCAGCUGCAGCUUCUAAAUCCAGAGCGAUUUGCACGGCUUCUCAAGGAAGUAACAAACACAUUCUGGCCUGGCAGAGAGUUGAUCGUUCAGUGGUAUCCUUUUGACGAAGACAAAAAUCACCCAUCUAUUUCAUGGCUUAAAAUGGUUUGGAAGAAUCUCUAUAUCCAUUUUUCAGAGGAUCUGACUUUAUUUGACGAACUGCCCCUUAUCCCUAGAACUGCGCUAGAAGAAGGUCAGGUGUGUGUAGAGCUCAUUCGACUCAGGAUUCCAUCAUCCGUCAUUUUAGAUGACGCAUCCGAAGCGCAGCUGCCUGAGUUUUUGGCAGAUGUCGUACAAAAACUCGGAGGGAUUGUCCUUAAAAAACUAGACGCCUCCAUUCAGCAUCCACUUGUUAAAAAAUACAUUCACUCGCCACUACCAAGUGCUGUUCUGCAGAUAAUGGAGAAGUUGCCGCUGCAGAAAUUGUGUAAUCAGAUAGCUUCGCUCCUUCCGACCCACAAAGAUGCCCUGAGGAAGUUUUUAGCGAGUUUAACUGACAGCAAUGAGAAAGAGAAAAGAAUAAUCCAGGAGUUGCCCAUAUUCAAGCGGAUUAACCAUUUAUCUGGUCAGGGAAUCUCGUCUUACACAAAACUGAAAGGGUGUAAGGUCUUGCACCACACCGCCAAACUUCCACCAGACCUGCGACUCUCUCUUUCGGUCAUAGACAGUAGUGACGAAGCGACUAUCCGCCUGGCAAAUAUGUUGAAAGUAGAGAAGUUAAAGACCACUAGUUGUUUAAAGCUCAUUUUAAAAGAUAUUGAAAAUGCCUUUUAUUCACACGAUGAGUUAACACACCUUAUGUUAUGGACCCUUGAGAAUCUGUCCUCUCUUAAAAAUGAGAAUCCAAAUGUGCUUGAUUGGUUAGUGCCAUUAAAAUUCAUUGAGAUUUCACCGGAACAGAUGGUGUCAGCCGGGGCGCUCUUUGAUCCCGAUCUCGAAGUACUAAAGGAUCUCUUUGCUAGUGAAGAGGACACUUGCUUCCCGCCUUCAGCUUUUACCUCACCAGAUAUUCUUCACUCUUUAAGACAGAUUGGCUUAAAAAAUGAAGCCAGCCUCAAAGAAGCUGAUGUUGUGCAAGUUGCCAAAAAAAUUGAAGCCUUACAAGCCAGUUCUUGUCCAAAUGAGGAGGUUCUUCUAAAGAAAGCCAGAACCCUCUUACUUGUCUUAAACAAGAAUCACACACUGUUACAGUCGUCUGAAGGAAAGAUGACCCUGAAGAAAAUUAAAUGGGUUCCAGCUUGCAAGGAAAGGCCCCCAAACUAUCCAGGCUCUUUAGUCUGGAAGGGAGAUGUCUGUGACCUUUGUGCCCCACCAGAUAUGUGUGAUGUCGCCCAUGCAAUUCUGGUUGGCUCGUCGCUUCCUCUUGUCGAGAGUGUCCAUGUUAACUUGGAAAAGGCUUUGGGCAUCUUCACAAAACCUAGCAUCAGUGCAGUUUUGAAACACUUUAAAAUUGUUGUUGAUUGGUAUUCUUCAAAAACCUUUAGUGAUGAAGACUACUACCAGUUCCAGCACAUUUUGCUUGAAAUUUAUGGUUUCAUGCACGAUCACUUAAAUGAAGGGAAGGAUGCUUUCAGAGCUUUAAAAUUUCCAUGGGUUUGGACUGGCAAAAAAUUUUGUCCCCUCGCCCAAGCUGUGAUAAAACCAUUCCAUGAUCUUGAUCUCCAGCCUUAUUUGCACAGUGUGCCGAAAACCAUGGCAAAAUUCCACCAACUGUUUAAGGUCUGUGGUUCGAUAGAGGAGUUGACGUCAGAUCAUAUUUCCAUGGUCAUUCAGAAGGUAUAUCUCAAAAGUGACCAAGACCUCAGUGAUCAAGAAAGCAAACAAAAUCUUCAUCUUAUGUUGAAUAUCAUCAGGUGGCUUUAUAGCAAUCAGAUUCCAGCAAGUCCCAACACACCAGUUCCUAUACAUCAUAGCAAAAAUCCUUCUAAACUUAUCAUGAAGCCAAUUCAUGAAUGCUGUUACUGUGACAUCAAAGUUGAUGACCUCAAUGACUUACUGGAAGAUUCGGUGGAACCAAUCAUUCUGGUGCAUGAGGAUAUACCCAUGAAAACUGCAGAAUGGCUGAAAGUUCCAUGCCUUAGCACAAGACUGAUCAAUCCGGAAAACAUGGGAUUUGAGCAGUCAGGUCAGAGGGAGCCACUUACCGUAAGAAUUAAAAAUAUUCUGGAGGAAUACCCUUCUGUGUCAGAUAUUUUUAAAGAACUACUUCAAAAUGCUGAUGAUGCAAAUGCAACAGAAUGCAGUUUCAUGAUUGAUAUGCGAAGAAAUAUGGACAUUCGAGAGAAUCUGCUAGACCCGGGGAUGGCGGCUUGCCAUGGACCUGCUCUCUGGUCAUUCAAUAAUUCUCAAUUCUCAGAUUCAGAUUUUGUGAAUAUAACAAGGUUAGGAGAAUCUUUAAAGAGGGAAGAAGUUGACAAAGUUGGAAAAUUUGGUCUUGGAUUUAAUUCUGUGUACCACAUCACUGACAUUCCCAUCAUUAUGAGUCGAGAAUUCAUGAUAAUGUUCGAUCCAAACAUAAACCAUAUCAGUAAACACAUUAAAGACAAAUCUAAUCCUGGGAUUAAAAUUAAUUGGAGUAAACAACAGAAAAGACUUAGGAAAUUUCCUAAUCAGUUCAAACCAUUUAUAGAUGUAUUUGGCUGUCAGUUGCCUCUGACUGUAGAAGCCCCUUACAGCUACAGUGGAACUCUUUUCCGACUGUCCUUUAGAACUCAACAGGAAGCGAAAGUGAGUGAAGUUAGUAAUACCUGCUAUAACACAGCAGACAUUUACGCUCUUGUGGAUGAAUUUAGUCUCUGUGGUCACAGGCUUAUAAUUUUCACUCAGAGUGUGAACUCGAUGUAUUUGAAGUACUUGAAAAUCGAGGAAACCAAUCCCAGCUUAGCACAAGAUACAGUAAUAAUUAAAAAAAGCCCCUGCUCUUCCAAAGCAGUGAAUGCACCUGUCCUAAGCGUUUUAAAAGAAGCCGCGAAGCUCAUGAAGACUUGCAGUGGCAGUAAUAAAAAGCUUCCCGCUGAUGCACCAAAGUCGUCUUGCAUUCUUCAGAUCACAGUGGAAGAAUUUCACCACGUGUUCAGAAGGAUUGCUGAUUUACAGUCCCCACUUUUUAGAGGUCCAGAUGAUGACCUGACUGCUCUCUUUGAAAUGGCGAAGUCUGGCCAAUCAAAAAAGCCAUCAGAUGAGUUGCCCCAAAAAACAGUAGAGUGUACCACAUGGCUGAUAUGUACCUGCAUGGACACAGGAGAGGCUCUGAAGUUUUCCCUGAAUGAAAGUGGACGAAGACUAGGGUUGGUUCCCUGUGGGGCCGUGGGGGUUCUGCUGUCGGAAAUCCAGGACCAGAAGUGGGCUGUGAAACCACAUGUGGGAGAAGUGUUUUGUUAUUUACCCCUACGGAUAAAAACAGGAUUGCCAGUUCACAUCAAUGGGUGUUUUGCUGUUACCUCAAACAGAAAAGAAAUUUGGAAGACAGACACAAAAGGACGAUGGAAUACCACCUUCAUGAGGCAUGUUAUUGUGAAAGCUUACUUGGAGGCGCUCAGUGUCCUACGUGACCUGGCUGUUAACGGGGAGCUAAUGGAUUAUACUUACUACUCAGUGUGGCCUGAUCCUGAAUUAGUUCAUGAUGAUUUUUCUGUAAUUUGCCAAGGAUUUUAUGAAGACAUAGCUCAUGGAAAAGGGAAAGAAUUGACCAAAGUCUUCUCUGAUGGAUCUACAUGGGUCUCCAUGAAGAACGUGCGAUUUCUGGAUGACUCUAUACUUAAAAGAAAAGAUGUUGGUCCAGCAGCCUUCAAGAUAUUUUUGAAAUACCUCAAGAAGACUGGCUCAAAAAACCUGUGUGCCGUUGAACUCCCUUCUUCAGUAAAAGCGGGAUUUGAAGAAGCUGGCUGCAAACAGAUACUGCUUGAAAAUACAUUUUCAGAGAAGCAGUUUUUUUCUGAAGUGUUUUUCCCAAAUAUUCAAGAAAUUGAAGCAGAACUCAGAGAUCCUUUAAUGAAUUUUGUUCUAAAUGAAAAAAUCGAUGAGUUCUCAGGAAUUCUUCGUGUAACUCCAUGUAUUCCUUGCUCUUUGGAGGGGCAUCCCCUAGUUUUACCCUCAAGGUUAAUCCACCCUGAAGGACGUGUUGCAAAGUUAUUUGAUACUAAAGAUGGACGGUUUCCUUAUGGCUCCACUCAGGAUUACCUUAAUCCUAUCAUUCUGAUUAAGCUGGUUCAGCUAGGUAUGGCCAAAGAUGACAUCUUAUGGGAUGACAUGCUGGAACGUGCACAGUCUGUGGCUGAAAUUAAUAAAAGUGACCAUGCCUCUGCUUGUCUGAGAAGUAGCAUCCUGUUAAGUCUCAUUGAUGAAAAGCUAAAAAUAAGGGAUCCUAGGGCAAAGGAUUUUGCUGCAAAAUAUCAAACAAUCCCCUUCCUUCCAUUUCUGACGAAGCCCGCAGGAUUUUCUUUGCACUGGAAAGGUAAUAGUUUUAAGCCGGAAACCAUGUUUGCAGCAACUGACCUUUAUACGGCUGAGCAUCAAGACAUCGUUUGCCUCUUGCAGCCAAUUCUGAAUGAAAACUCGCAUUCCUUCAGAGGUUGUGGUUCAGUGUCAUUGGCUGUUAAGGAGUUUUUGGGAUUACUGAGGAAGCCAACAGUUGAUCUGGUUGUGAACCAGUUGAAAGAAGUUGCAAAGUCAGUUGAUGACGGGAUAACAUUGUACCAGGAGAACAUCACCAAUGCUUGCUACAAAUACCUGCAUGAUGCAAUGAUGCAAAAUGAAAUCACGAAGAUAUCAAUUAUUGAAAAGUUAAAGACCUUUAGCUUCAUUCUAGUUGAGAAUGCAUAUGUUGACUCAGAAAAAGUGUCCUUUCACUUGAAUUUUGAGGCAGCACCAUACCUUUUUCAGCUGCCUAAUAAAUACAAAAAUAAUUUCCGUGAGCUUUUUGAAAGUGUGGGUGUUAGGCAGUCAUUUACUGUUGAGGACUUUGCCCUUGUUUUGGAAUCUAUUGAUCAAGAGAAAGGGACAAAGCAAAUAACAGAAGAGAAUUUUCAGCUUUGCCGGCGAAUAAUUAGCGAAGGAAUAUGGAGUCUCAUUCGAGAAAAGAAACAAGAAUUUUGUGAGAAGAAUUAUGGCAAAAUAUUACUGCCAGAUACCAAUCUCAAGCUUCUCCCUGCCAAAUCUUUAUGCUACAAUGAUUGUCCCUGGAUAAAAGUAAAGGACACCACUGUGAAAUACUGUCAUGCCGAUAUACCCAGGGAAGUAGCUGUAAAACUAGGAGCCGUCCCAAAGCGACAUAAAGCCUUGGAGCGGUAUGCAUCCAAUAUCUGUUUCACAACACUUGGCACGGAAUUUGGGCAGAAAGAAAAGCUGACCAGCAGAAUUAAGAGCAUCCUUAAUGCCUACCCUUCCGAAAAGGAAAUGUUGAAAGAACUUCUUCAGAAUGCUGAUGAUGCAAAGGCCACAGAAAUCUGUUUUGUGUUUGAUCCUAGACAGCAUCCAGUUGAUAGAAUAUUUGAUGAUAAGUGGGCCCCCCUGCAGGGCCCAGCACUUUGUGUGUACAACAACCAACCUUUCACAGAAGAUGAUGUCAGAGGAAUUCAGAACCUUGGGAAAGGCACCAAAGAAGGAAAUCCCUGUAAAACUGGACAGUAUGGAAUAGGAUUCAAUUCUGUGUAUCACAUCACUGACUGCCCUUCUUUUAUUUCUGGCAAUGACAUCCUGUGUAUCUUUGAUCCUCAUGCCAGAUACGCACCAGGAGCCACAUCCGUUAGUCCUGGACGCAUGUUUAGAGAUUUGGAUGCAGAUUUUAGGACACAGUUCUCAGAUGUCCUAGAUCUUUAUUUGGGAACUCACUUUAAAUUGGAUAAUUGUACAAUGUUUAGAUUUCCUCUUCGUAAUGCAGAAAUGGCAAAAGUUUCAGAAAUUUCUUCAGUGCCAUCAUCAGACAGAAUGGUCCAGAAUCUUUUGGACAAAUUGCGGUCAGAUGGGGCUGAACUUUUAAUGUUUCUUAAUCACAUGGAAAAGAUUUCUAUUUGUGAAAUAGAUAAAGGUACGGGAGCCCUGAAUGUGCUGUAUUCUGUAAAGGGCAAAAUCACAGAUGGGGACAGACUGAAAAGGAAACAAUUUCAUGCAUCUGUAAUUGAUAGUGUUACUAAAAAGAGACAGCUCAAAGACAUACCAGUUCAACAGAUAACCUAUACUAUGGAUACUGAAGACUCCGAAGGAAAUCUUACCACAUGGCUAAUUUGUAAUCGAUCAGGUUUUUCAAGUAUGGAAAAAGUGUCUAAGAGUGUUAUAUCGGCUCACAAGAACCAAGAUAUCACUCUGUUUCCACGUGGCGGAGUAGCUGCCUGCAUUACUCACAACUAUAAAAAACCCCACAGGGCCUUCUGUUUCUUGCCCCUCUCUUUAGAGACGGGAUUGCCAUUUCAUGUGAACGGCCAUUUUGCUCUGGACUCAGCCAGGAGAAACCUGUGGCGGGACGAUAAUGGAGUUGGUGUUCGUAGUGAUUGGAAUAACAGUUUAAUGACAGCAUUAAUAGCUCCUGCAUAUGUUGAAUUACUAAUCCAGCUAAAAAAGCGCUAUUUCCCUGGUUCUGACCCAACACUAUCGGUUUUGCAGAACACACCAAUUCAUGUGGUGAAGGAUACUUUAAAGAAGUUUUUAUCAUUUUUCCCAGUUAACAGGCUUGACCUACAACCAGAUUUAUAUUGUCUAGUGAAAGCACUUUACAGUUGCAUUCAUGAAGACAUGAAACGCCUUUUACCUGUUGUACGGGCUCCCAAUAUCGAUGGCUCGGAUUUGCACUCUGCAGUUAUAAUUACUUGGAUUAAUAUGUCUACUUCAAAUAAAACCAGACCUUUUUUUGACAACUUACUGCAGGAUGAAUUGCAACACCUGAAGAAUGCAGAUUAUAACAUCACAACCCGCAAGACAGUGGCAGAGAAUGUCUAUAGACUGAAACACCUACUUUUAGAAAUUGGUUUCAAUUUGGUUUAUAACUGUGAUGAAACUGCCAACCUAUACCACUGUCUUAUAGAUGCAGAUAUUCCUGUGAGUUACGUCACCCCCGCUGAUGUUAGAUCUUUUUUAAUGACGUUUUCUUCUCCUGACACCAACUGCCAUAUUGGGAAACUGCCUUGUCGUCUCCAACAGACUAACCUAAAGCUUUUUCAUAGUUUGAAGCUUUUAGUGGAUUAUUGUUUCAAGGAUGCAGAAGAAAAUGAGAUUGAAGUAGAGGGACUACCCCUUCUCAUUACGCUGGACAGUGUUUUGCAAACUUUUGAUGCCAAACGACCCAAGUUUCUAACAACGUACCAUGAGUUGAUUCCAUCUCGCAAAGACUUGUUCAUGAAUACAUUAUAUUUGAAAUACAGUACCAUUUUAUUGAACUGUAAGGUUGCAAAAGUGUUUGAUAUCUCCAGCUUUGCUGAUUUGUUAUCUUCUGUGUUGCCUCGUGAAUAUAAGACCAAAAACUGUACAAAGUGGAAAGACAAUUUUGCGAGUGAGUCUUGGCUUAAGAAUGCAUGGCAUUUUAUCAGCGAAUCUGUCAAUGUGAAGGAAGAUCAAGAGGAAACACAACCAACGUUUGAUGUUGUUGUCGACACCCUGAAGGACUGGGCUUUGCUUCCGGGAACGAAGUUCACUGUUUCAGCCAACCAGCUUGUGGUUCCUGAAGGUGACGUUCUGCUUCCUCUGAGUCUCAUGCACAUUGCAGUUUUCCCAAAUGCCCAGAGUGAUAAAGUUUUUCAUGCUCUCAUGAAAGCUGGCUGUAUUCAGCUUGCUUUGAACAAAAUCUGCUCCAAGGACAGUGCAUUCGUUCCUCUGUUGUCCUGUCAAACUGCAAACAUCGAGAGCCCUGCAAGCAUUUUAAAGGCCCUACAUUAUAUGGUUCAAACGUCAACCUUUAGAACUGAAAAAUUAAUAGAAAAUGACUUUGAAGCACUUUUGAUGUAUUUCAACUGCAAUCUCAGUCAUUUGAUGUCCCAAGAUGACAUAAAAAUUUUAAAGUCACUUCCAUGCUACAAAUCCAUCAGUGGUCGCUACAUGAGCAUCGCAAAAUUUGGAACAUGCUACGUACUCACCAAAAGUAUUCCUUCAGCUGAAGUGGACAAAUGGACACAAUCAUCGUCAUCUGCAUUUCUUGAAGAAAAAAUACACUUAAAAGAACUCUAUGAGGUGCUUGGCUGUGUACCUGUGGAUGAUCUCGAAGUAUAUUUGAAACACCUCUUACCAAAAAUUGAAAAUCUCUCAUAUGAUGCAAAAUUGGAGCACUUGAUAUAUCUUAAGAAUAGGCUAUCAAGUAUUGAGGAACUGUCAGAGAUCAAGGAACAACUUUUUGAAAAACUGGAAAGCUUAUUGGUAAUCCACGAUGCUAACAGUCGACUAAAGCAAGCAAAACAUUUCUAUGAUAGAACGGUGCGAGUUUUUGAAGUUAUGCUUCCUGAAAAAUUGUUUAUUCCUAAGGACUUCUUCAAAAAGUUGGAACAGCUUAUAAAGCCCAAAAAUCAAGCCACGUUUAUGACCUCCUGGGUAGAAUUCUUGAGAAACAUUGGGCUAAAGUAUAUACUUUCUCAGCAACAGUUGCUGCAGUUUGCUAAGGAAAUCAGUGUGAGAGCCAAUACAGAAAACUGGUCUAAGGAAACCCUGCAAAAUACAGUGGAUAUCCUUCUUCAUCACAUAUUCCAAGAACGAAUGGAUCUGUUAUCUGGCAAUUUUCUGAAAGAACUGUCUCUAAUACCAUUCCUGUGUCCCGAACGGGCACCUGCGGAGUUCAUUAGAUUUCAUCCUCAGUAUCAAGAGGUCAAUGGAACACUCCCUCUCAUAAAGUUCAAUGGAGCACAAGUAAACCCUAAAUUCAAGCAGUGUGAUGUGCUCCAGCUCUUAUGGACCUCCUGCCCUAUCCUUCCAGAGAAGGCCACUCCCUUGAGUAUCAGAGAACAAGAAGGCAGUGACCUUGGUCCACAAGAACAGCUCGAACAGGUUUUAAGUAUGCUUAAUGUUAACCUGGAUCCUCCUCUUGAUAAGGUCAUUAAUAACUGCAGAAACAUAUGCAACAUAACAACUUUGGAUGAAGAGAUGGUAAAAACUAGAGCAAAGGUCUUAAGGAGCAUAUAUGAAUUUCUCAGUGCAGAGAAAAGGGAGUUUCGGUUUCAGCUGCGGGGUGUUGCUUUUGUGAUGGUGGAAGAUGGUUGGAAACUCCUGAAGCCUGAGGAAGUAGUGAUAAAUCUAGAAUAUGAAUCUGAUUUUAAACCUUACUUGUACAAGCUACCAUUAGAACUUGGCACAUUUCACCAGUUGUUCAAACACCUGGGUACUGAAGAUAUUAUUUCAACCAAGCAAUAUGUUGAAGUGUUGAGCCGCAUUUUCAAAAAUUCUGAAGGAAAACAGUUGGAUCCUAAUGAAAUGCGCACAGUUAAGAGAGUAGUUUCCGGCUUGUUCAAGAGUCUGCAAAAUGAUUCGGUCAAGGUGAGGAGUGAUCUCGAGAAUGUACGAGACCUUGCGCUUUACCUUCCAAGCCAGGAUGGCAGACUGGUGAAGUCGAGCAUCUUAGUGUUCGAUGACGCUCCACAUUACAAAAGUAGAAUCCAGGGGAAUAUCGGCGUGCAGAUGUUGGUUGACCUUAGCCAGUGCUACUUAGGGAAGGACCAUGGCUUCCAUACUAAAUUGAUAAUGCUCUUUCCUCAAAAACUUAGACCUCGUUUACUGAGCAGUAUACUUGAAGAACAGCUAGAUGAAGAGACUCCCAAAGUUUGUCAGUUUGGAGCAUUGUGUUCUCUUCAGGGCAGGUUGCAGCUGCUCUUGUCUUCGGAACAGUUCAUCACAGGACUAAUUAGAAUUAUGAAGCAUGAAAAUGAUAAUGCUUUCCUGGCCAAUGAAGAAAAAGCCAUAAGACUUUGCAAAGCCCUAAGAGAAGGAUUGAAAGUGUCCUGUUUUGAAAAGCUUCAAACCACACUAAGGGUUAAAGGUUUUAACCCUAUACCCCACAGCAGGAGUGAAACUUUUGCUUUUUUGAAGAGAUUUGGCAACGCAGUCAUUCUGCUAUACAUACAGCAUUCAGACAGCAAGGACAUUAAUUUCCUGUUAGCAUUGGCAAUGACGCUGAAGUCCGCGACAGACAACCUGAUCUCUGAUACUUCGUAUUUAAUUGCUAUGCUAGGAUGCAAUGAUAUUUACAGGAUCAGUGAGAAACUUGACAGUUUAGGGGUAAAAUAUGACUCUUCAGAACCAUCAAAACUUGAACUUCCAAUGCCUGGCACUCCAAUACCUGCUGAAAUCCAUUAUACUCUGCUUAUGGAUCCCAUGAAUGUUUUUUACCCGGGAGAGUAUGUUGGGUACCUUGUGGAUGCUGAAGGUGGUGAUAUCUAUGGAUCAUACCAGCCAACGUACACGUACGCAAUUAUCGUACAAGAAGUUGAGAGAGAAGAUGCUGAUAAUUCUAGUUUUCUGGGAAAGAUAUAUCAGAUUGAUAUUGGUUACAGCGAAUAUAAAAUAGUUAGCUCUCUCGAUCUCUAUAAGUUUUCAAGGCCCGAGGAAAGCUCUCAAAGCAGAGACAGUGCCCCUUCUACACCGACCAGCCCUACCGAAUUCCUAGCCCCUGGUCUGCGAAGCAUUCCUCCUCUUUUCUCGGGCAGAGAAAGCCAGAAGACCUCAUCCUCAAAGCAUCAGUCCCCCAAAAAACUCAAGGUGAAUUCUUUGCCAGAAAUUUUAAAAGAAGUGACAUCCGUGGUGGAGCAAGCGUGGAAGCUUCCAGAAUCAGAAAGGAAAAAGAUUAUUAGGCGGUUGUAUUUGAAGUGGCACCCUGACAAAAAUCCAGAGAACCAUGACAUUGCUAAUGAAGUUUUUAAGCAUUUGCAGAACGAAAUCAACAGACUAGAGAAGCAGGCUUUUCUAGACCAAAAUGCAGACAGAGCCUCAAGGCGAACAUUUUCAACCUCAGCAUCCCGAUUUCAGUCGGACAAGUACUCGUUUCAGAGAUUUUAUACUUCGUGGAAUCAAGAGGCAACGAGCCAUAAAUCUGAAAGGCAACAGCAAAAUAAAGAAAAAAGCACACCUUCAGCUGGACAGACUUACUCUCAAAGGUUCUUUGUUCCUCCCACUUUCAAGUCAGUUGGCAAUCCCGUUGAAGCACGUAGAUGGUUAAGACAGGCCAGAGCAAAUUUUUCGGCUGCCAGGAACGACCUCCAUAAAAACGCUAAUGAAUGGGUGUGCUUUAAAUGUCACCUCUCUACCAAGUUAGCUUUGAUCGCCGCUGACUAUGCUGUGAGAGGGAAAUCCGAUAAAGACGUAAAGCCCACCGCACUUGCACAGAAAAUAGAGGAAUACAGUCAGCAGCUUGAAGGACUGACAAAUGAUGUCCACACACUGGAGGCCUAUGGUGUGGACAGUUUAAAAACAAGGUACCCUGAUCUGCUUCCUUUCCCACAGAUCCCAAAUGACAGGUUCACUUCUGAGGUUGCUAUGAGGGUGAUGGAAUGUACUGCCUGUAUCAUCAUAAAACUUGAAAAUUUUAUACAACAGAAAGUGUGAAGGUAUUCAGAGAAAAAAAAAAAAAGCAGAGCCAGACCUUGACUGUGUCGAAGCACAAGUGUGAAUGCUGUACGUCCUUAGGCUUUAUUGUCCGUUAGUAAGUUAAGAAUUGUAAAGCACAUUGCAGAUUGUUUGGGAAGAACUUUGGAGUUGCCGUUAACAUGCAUAUCAACAGAGGACUGUAACCGACUUUAAAAGAAAAUCAUUGUGAAGAUGGUGAGCUGCAGAAUCGAUAGACGUAUUUGAAAGGCUAGGAGGGCACAAUAUUGAACCGCACUUUAUGUAACCAAAGCUUAGCGCUUGUCUGAUGAGAGUCUGUGUAUGUCCGUGGUCAGGAUGGAGUUAACUUUUAUGUCUUUAACGUGGUGUUUUGAAGGCGGUAAACCCUGGACAUCUCGUUGGUUUCAGCAAAUAAGGGGAAUCAAGUCUUUGGAGUGAUUGUUUCUUUAAUUGGAUCCUCUUUUGGAUGCAUUAUUAUCAGCUGGCUCUGAUUAUGAAUUUGUUGCAAUUUUACAUCUUAAAUACUCAGUACAUUUAAAAAGUGGUACAGUAUUUUAAUCCUGAAUAUUACUUGAUUAAGAGGAUGCAGAGAGUACUUCCUAGGGUGCGUGGAGUACACUUUACGUCUUUUAAGUGGUUUUUUUUUUUUUUUUACACCUUAUGUUUACAGGCUUUCUAUUUCAUGAAAAAGCCGUUAAGGAAAACUCGGAACGGUGGCAGCUCUAUCACCAGGUGUUAAUAUUGCGUCCAAAGACUGCUCACCGAAACGACACUUCCCAACUGUUAGAACAUUCGCUUUCUGUUUGUACAUAUUUUCCACAGGUAUCAUAAUUUAUAGAGCGUGACAGAACAUGAUGCAAUCUUUUGUUGUCUAAAGGUGCUGUGGUUAAAACAAAGCUUUUCUUUCCACAUGGCACUUAGUGGAGUUCCUUGGGUUUUACUUUGGAAGACAUUAGAGAAAAGUAAAAUCAUUGUGACAGUAUCCAGUACUUCCUAACAGUUUACUGUGUUUUCCCCAUGAAUGAUUCGGAACUGACAUUGGAUUUUUCUCAUGCUUGAGUGUCCUCUACUGUAUUUACUUUGGCAUAUUCCUUUGGCAGAAUGUAAAAGAGAGGUGAUGACAAUUAGUACAUAUAAGUGUGCCGGCUGUAAAUGACGCUAAAUAUAAUAUUUUCUGCAAUUAAGGGCUUAUGGAACAUAUUAAAACUUUUUUACUUUUAUUGGUAAUAAGGAAUGUGUGUGCCUCCAUUAUUGUAACGCUUCUGGAUGUGAAGCUAUGUCAUUAUUUCUGCUAUUAUAUUAAGUGCCAUACUUUUAAUAAAGCAAAUGUACAUAAGAAAU